AUGGCUUCUUGGGUUUUACGGUUAACAAGAAUUAUAGCACCACAAAGUCAUUACAAUAUUACUGGGUUAAAAUUCUGUUUCAUUCAGGGUUUAUUUGAUGAUCGUGAAUAUGAUAUUCAUAUUGCUGAAGAUUAUUCUUCAAUUGAUUCAACAGUUACAGGAACAAUGAAGAUAAGAGGUUGUUGCGCAAUUAAAGAUUUGAAUAUGAAAAAAUUUUCGUUAAUUCUGUCGCUCAGGCUUUGA